AGCAGGCGGGGCCUGUGACGCCAGGUCGUUUACUCCGGAAAAGGCGGCGACUGCAGAGGCCACAGAACCGGAGGGUUUGUCGUAGACCACCGCGCCCGGGAACCGAGCAAGAGGCUCGUAACCCGGAAGCGGAAGUGAGCCCCCAUCCCAGCUUCGGUUUCGCACUAGUCCCAGGCCCACCAGCGGGCUCCUGCCUCCAUGGACCUGUUGUUUGGGCGCCGGAAAACGCCGGAGGAGCUGCUGCGGCAGAACCAACGAGCCCUGAACCGCGCCAUGCGAGAGCUGGACCGUGAGCGACAGAAGCUGGAGACCCAGGAAAAGAAAAUCAUCGCAGACAUCAAGAAAAUGGCCAAGCAGGGCCAGAUGGAUGCUGUGCGCAUCAUGGCAAAGGACCUGGUACGAACACGUCGCUAUGUGCGUAAGUUUGUGCUGAUGCGGGCCAACAUCCAGGCUGUGUCCCUCAAGAUCCAGACACUCAAGUCUAACAACUCGAUGGCGCAAGCCAUGAAAGGCGUCACCAAGGCCAUGGGCACCAUGAACAGACAGCUGAAAUUGCCCCAGAUCCAGAAGAUCAUGAUGGAGUUUGAACGGCAGGCAGAGAUCAUGGACAUGAAAGAGGAGAUGAUGAACGACGCCAUUGAUGAUGCCAUGGGUGAUGAGGAGGAUGAAGAGGAGAGUGAUGCUGUUGUGUCCCAGGUCCUGGAUGAACUGGGACUGAGCCUGACAGAUGAGCUGUCCAACCUCCCCUCCACUGGAGGCUCCCUCAGCGUGGCAACUGGCGGGAAGAAAGCGGAGGCCGCAGCCUCAGCCUUGGUGGAUGCUGAUGCAGACCUAGAGGAACGCCUAAAGAACCUGCGGAGAGACUAACAGCCCCAGGCCACCCCAGGGGCCCAGUCAAUGCUUUUUCACUGCGCCCUUUCUGUAAUAAAAGAGAUUGGACACUA